AGAUUUGUUCUCUUUCAAAAUCUGCUUUUACUUACUUUAAUCAAUUUUCUUUGCCCUACGCUUUUUGCUGGCGAAGAUUUUUUUUUUUUUUUGAGAUUCUUUCAUGAGGAAACGAUUGAAGCCGCUUUCGUCACCGACGAAGGAUCACCGGAGAAUGACGUUAAAUUCGGUGGAAUUAUCGAUCGUUAAAAGAAAGAGAGCUAACAGAAAGAGAGUACUGAAACUCCAAUCACUCAACUACACGUGUCAGAAGAAGAGCAAUAAUAGCGGAGAUGACAACAAUAAACAGUUACAUUGCCGUGAAGAUCCGUUAAAGAUAACGGUCUCGUUAUCGUCUUCUUCUUCAUCGUUGGGAGAAAACGUUGACGGCGUCGUUUUAUCGAGAGAGACAAGAGAGGAAAAACAUUACGGCGUCGUUUCGGUUAUAGGAAGGAGGAGCGAGAUGGAAGACGCUGUGAGAGUCGAGUUAGAUUUUGCAGUCAAAGGAAGUAAGAAGUUUGACUUUUUUGGUGUGUACGACGGUCACGGUGGAGCUCACGUGGCUGGCAUGUGCCGGGAGAGAUUACACGAAGUUUUAGUCUCGGAGCUUGAAAAUAAUAAUAAUGGUGAUGAUGAUGAGUGUGAAUGGGAAAAGAUAUUGGAAGGGUGUUUUGGUAAAAUGGAUGAAGAGGUGAGAGGUAAUGCGGCGGCGAGGACGGUGGGGACGACGGCGGUUGUGGGUGUUGUGGGAGAGGAUGAGGUGGUUGUUGCCAAUUGUGGUGAUUGUAGAGCCGUUUUGUCAAGAGAUGGUGUUCCUUUAGCCUUGUCUACUGAUCAUAAGCCAAACAGAAGAGAUGAGUUGGAGAGAAUUGAAAAUGCAGGUGGAAGGGUCAUAAAUUGGAAUGGGUACCGUGUUCUCGGAGUUCUUGCCACUUCAAGAUCUAUAGGUGAUGAAUACAUGAGGCCAUUCGUGAUAUGGAAACCUGAAGUAACAGUAACAAAGAGAACUGAUAAAGACGAGUUCCUCAUACUUGGAAGUGAUGGUUUAUGGGAUGUGGUUUCUAAUCAACUUGCAUGUAAGGUUGUCAAGAAAUGCUUUCACUCUCAAAGGAACAGACUUUCUAAUAACAAAGACCUUCUUAACCGUGGAGGAAGCCGCUCAACCGCGGCUGCUGCCCUCUUAGCCGAGCUGGCAAUGGCUCGGGGCAGCAGAGAUAACAUUAGUGUUAUAGUCGUCGACCUCGCCAAACCCUAGCUACGUAGUACGUACUCAUUAUUAAUUGGUUAAUUUGUUAUAUAGAGUAAAUAUUAUUUUGAAUUUUACGUUUUGUAAAAAUUAUUGAUUGGAUAAUCUGUUUUGUUAAAUGAUAAUUCGAACAGUGCUGUAUUUUUUUUUAAAUGAUACAAAAUAAUAUUCUGAGCGCUUAUUUUCAUCAAAAGAAAA